UUUUCCUCUGUUCCAUUGCAAAAUUCAAUUUUGUAUCCAAUUUCUAUUGUAAUACUUUAGUUUCAUCAUCUUGGUUUAAUGUCUACUAUCAGCCAUUGCCUUUUGUCUUGAGCAGAUGAAUUUAACGUCCACUAUCAUCUAGCUCUCCACAAUCCUUGAUGAAAGAAAAAGCCCCAUGUGGCCUAAUCAAUAGUUCCACUCCAACUUUCUCAAGUGUCAACGCAGCAGGGGACAAAGUCCUUUUUGGCUUUCUAGUCCUCAGUUCUGAUCAUCAUCUUCCAUUCUUCAAAUUCAUCAAAAACUACACCCGAAAUCAAAACUCAUCAUCUUAUGAAUCACUGGAAGCCAUAUUCAACCAGUUCACGUCCAUGCUGCGUCCCAUAUUUUCCAAUUUGGGUCCAGCAACCCGUAGUAUUAAUAUCAUCAUUUAGUUUGGUAGGUUAUUCUUUUCAGUGGUGAGCAAUUCGUAUUUGAUUUCCAUACAACUACCCACAAUCAAUUCAGCAUUCAUAUUUUGGUGCCGACAUUUGCUUAAUAUAGUGCGUCUAGUCCAUCUGCAAUCUUCUUCAAAUCAAAUGGUCAUAAAUUCUCCCGAGUCCACUGUUCCAUUGGGCAAUACAAAUUUUGUAUCCAAUUUCUCGUGGUUUCAUCAUCUUUGGUCAAAGAAAAAGAAAAAUGGAGAAUUCAAGCACGGAACCAAAAUCAGUCAAAAAUCACGUGGUGGUCAUGCCUUUUCCGGGAAGAGGCCACGUGAAUCCGAUGAUGAAUUUCUGCAAGCUCAUAAUAGCCCAGUCCCAACCCAGAACCACCGUCAUAACCUUCAUCGUGACUGAAGAGUGGCUCGGGUUCCUCAGCUCCGAACCCAAGCCGCCGCCAAACAUCCGGCUAGCCACAAUCCCAAACGUUAUUCCAUCAGAAAUAGGCAGAGCCAAAGACUGGCCUGGAUUCAUACGAGCCGCUUUCACGAAUCUCGAGGCUCCGGUUGAGCAAUUGCUGGACCGGCUUGAUGAGCUGCUGCUUCCCAAGCCUAAUGUCAUUAUCUACGAUACGUAUUUGAAAUGGAUGGUGGGUGUCGGAAACCGGCGGAACAUCCCGGUGGCAUCGUUUUGGACCCAAUCCGCCACCCUUUUCUCCAUCUUCCAUCAUUUCAACCUCGUGCUCGAAAAGGGUCAUUUCAAUUCCAACUUAAAAGAGAAAGGGAACGAGAUGAUUGAUUACAUCCCAGGGGCCCCUGCAUUGCGGGUUGCGGAUCUUCCGACAGCACUAACCGGAAAAGGCCAAGAAGUGUUGUUUGACUGCUUGGAGGGAAUAUCCCUUGUGUCCAAAGCACAAUAUCUUUUAUUCACAUCUACAUAUGAGCUAGAAGCUGGAGUAAUUGAUGCUCUAGGAAAAGAGUUUGCUUUUCCAAUUUACUCAAUUGGUCCUGCAAUUCCCACUAUCGGUUUAUCAGAAACAGAGUCUUCAACUUCAAGUACGCCAGAGUAUGUUAAAUGGUUGGAUGCUCAACCGGAAAAAUCAGUGCUUUACAUAUCACAGGGGAGCUUUCUUUCCGUCUCGAAAGCUCAGUUGGAUGAGAUUGUUGCCGGGGUGCACGAAUCCGGCGUCCAAUUCCUCUGGGUUACACGGGAUGAUGUAAAUAGUUCUGGAAGAAGUGGUGAAUCUGGUGAGAGUAAUGGGAUAGUUGUGCCUUGGUGUGACCAGCUGAAGGUGUUGUCUCAUCCUUCCAUUGGAGGAUUCUGGUCACAUUGUGGAUGGAAUUCCACCAAAGAAGCUAUAUUUUCUGGGAUUCCGGUGCUUGUUUUCCCUAUAUUUUGGGAUCAAACCACGAAUGCGAAGCAAAUUGUUGAUGACUGGAAGACCGGUUGGAGGGUUAAGAAAUAUGAGGAGAAUUUGAUACCAAGAGCGGAAAUUGCUGAGCUUGUUCGGAAGUUCAUGGACUUGGAAAGCGAUGAAGGAAACGAAAUUAGAAAAAGGGCCAAAGAAUUGCAGACCAUUUGCCAACAAGCCUUAAAACUAGGUGGAUCCUCUAGGAACGCCGUUGAGGCUUUCCUAACCGACAUUUCGUGUAGCAAACGUUGAAGAUGGUGAAUCAUUUGAAUGUGUUGUCUGAACGAUUCACCUCUAGUGUUGCUAAUAAGUGAUUUCUUGCAUUUCUGAUCAGUUCGAUUGUUUCACAUUGAAAUGGAACACUUACAUACAGUGGCUCCCUUUGAGGCCUUGUUUUCAUCCGCACCUAAUUUUCGCAUCAAUCAAUACAUUUUGGAACACUUUACAUAUAUAUAUAUAUAUAUAUAUAUA